CUGCAGAAGCGUAAGGACCCGCUAGCUGGUUAUCCACCAGAGUUCCGCGCAAAACUCAAAGAGUGGCCAAAACUACUCCAGGCUGAAAUUGAUGAGAGCGUCUCUCACCUGAAAGAGCUUCGAGAGGUCAGUGAUCUCCCAACUUUGGAAGACCGUGGACUGCUGCUAGGUAAUCUUCGAUUGGUAUCCGAUGACUUGCAUCCAAUCACAGGGCGUACUGUGAUUUUGAAAAGGAUUCCCUCCCCCAAUGGAACUGAUCGCUCAAAGCUUUUCCGUGCAGGAGCUCCUGUUGCCAUUCGCGAUGCAAAGACGUUGCGAGAAAUCGCCGAGUGUGUGAUGUUGGCAUCGAAUCGGAAGGAAAUCAAGAUCAAAAUUCGCCCUUCGAGUGCGUCGAGGCAUUUGGAUGGUGACACUGACUACAUUCUCACAAUGUCUCAAUCUAGCGGUGCUCUUCAUUCCGUGCAGGACUUCUUUCUGCAGAACAAAGUGGUCGAUACGCCUGGUGUGGAUUUAUUAGGAUAUGCCUUCAGAGCAAAGAACAUGCCAUCCAUACAUAAUGAUAGAAUGGUGGCGGACCUUUCCGAUGAAUUGAAUGAAAGUCAACGUCGGGCUGUUAGCGCUGCGCUCAACAAAAGACGACCGUUCGUGACAAUCCAAGGCCCACCAGGUACUGGAAAAACGCGAGUUGUAGCUGAAAUAGUUCGGCAGUUGUUGAACAGGAAGCUCAAGGUCUUAGUUUGUGCUCCAUCUAACGUGGCGGUUGAUAAGGUCAUGUCAGAAGUCAUCAAGUUGCUCGGUAGUGAACAGCUUGAACAAGAAGCUACAUGUGACGGGAAACGUGGUGAGAAUUCAGCACCCUGUAAGCCAGAGGUUACCACGGGACGCGAUGUCGCGCUCCCGGACGUGAGGCGGUCUCAACGAUGA